GCAGGGAAGGGGGAGGGGGAGGAGACAGUGCAUGAGACUGCAGCUGGGUGGUGUGUGAGAAACAGUCACAUAGACAGCUGCAGGAAGGAGUGACCGGAGAGACUACAUGAGACUGCAGCUGGGUGGUGUGUGAGAAACAGUCACAUAGACAGCUGCAGGAAGGAGUGACAGGAGAGAGUGCAUGAGACUGCAGCUGGGUGGUGUAUCAGACAGUCACAUAGACUGCUGCAGGAAGGAGUGACAGGAGAGAGUGCAUGAGACUGCAGCUGGGUGGUGUAUCAGACAGUCACAUAGACAGCUGCAGGAAGGAGUGACAGGAGAGAGUGCAUGAGACUGCAGCUGGGUGGUGUGUGAGAAACAGUCACAUAGACAGCUGCAGGAAGGAGUGACCGGAGAGAGUGCAUGAGACUGCAGCUGGGUGGUGUGUGAGAAACAGUCACAUAGACUGCUGCAGGAAGGAGUGACCGGAGAGAGUGCAUGAGACUGCAGCUGGGUGGUGUGUGAGAAACAGUCACAUAGACUGCUGCAGGAAGGAGUGACCGGAGAGACUACAUGAGACUGCAGCUGGGUGGUGUAUCAGACAGUCACAUAGACAGCUGCAGGAAGGAGUGACAGGAGAGAGUGCAUGAGACUGCAGCUGGGUGGUGUGUGAGAAACAGUCACAUAGACAGCUGCAGGAAGGAGUGACCGGAGAGACUACAUGAGACUGCAGCUGGGUGGUGUAUCAGACAGUCACAUAGACAGCUGCAGGAAGGAGUGACAGGGUGGUGUAUCAGACAGUCACAUAGACAGCUGCAGGAAGGAGUGACAGGAGAGAGUGCAUGAGACUAGCUGGGUGGUGUAUCAGACAGUCACAUAGACUGCUGCAGGAAGGAGUGACAGGAGAGAGUGCAUGAGACUAGCUGGGUGGUGUAUCAGACAGUCACAUAGACAACUGCAGGAAGGAGUGACAGGAGAGAGUGCAUGAGACUAGCUGGGUGGUGUAUUAGACAGUCACAUAGACAGCUGCAGGAAGGAGUGACAGGAGAGAGUGCAUGAGACUAGCUGGGUGGUGUAUCAGACAGUCACAUAGACAACUGCAGGAAGGAGUGACAGGAGAGAGUGCAUGAGACUAGCUGGGUGGUGUAUUAGACAGUCACAUAGACAGCUGCAGGAAGGAGUGACAGGAGAGAGUGCAUGAGACUAGCUGGGUGGUGUAUCAGACAGUCACAUAGACUGCUGCAGGAAGGAGUGACAGGAGAGAGUGCAUGAGACUAGCUGGGUGGUGUAUCAGACAGUCACAUAGACAACUGCAGGAAGGAGUGACAGGAGAGAGUGCAUGAGACUAGCUGGGUGGUGUAUUAGACAGUCACAUAGACAGCUGCAGGAAGGAGUGACAGGAGAGAGUGCAUGAGACUAGCUGGGUGGUGUAUCAGACAGUCACAUAGACAACUGCAGGAAGGAGUGACAGGAGAGAGUGCAUGAGACUGCAGCUGGGUGGUGUAUCAGACAGUCACAUAGACAGCUGCAGGAAGGAGUGACAGGAGAGAGUGCAUGAGACUAGCUGGGGUGGUGUCUCAGUCACAUAGACUGCUGCAGGAAGGAGUGACAGGAGAGAGUGCAUGAGACUAGCUGGGGUGGUGUCUCAGUCACAUAGACUGCUGCAGGAAGGAGUGACAGGAGAGAGUGCAUGAGACUGCAGCUGGGUGGUGUAUCAGACAGUCACAUAGACAGCUGCAGGAAGGAGUGACAGGAGAGAGUGCAUGAGACUAGCUGGGGGGUGUCUCAGACAGUCACAUAGACAGCUGCAGGAAGGAGUGACAGGAGAGAGUGGAUGAGACUAGCUGGGGGGUGAAUCAGACAGUCACAUAGACAGCUGCAGGAAGGAGUGACAGGAGAGAGUGUAUGAGACUAGCUGGGUGGUGUAUCAGACAGUCACAUAGACAGCUGCAGGAAGGAGUGACAGGAGAGAGUGCAUGAGACUAGCUGGGGGGUGUCUCAGACAGUCACAUAGACAGCUGCAGGAAGGAGUGACAGGAGAGAGUGGAUGAGACUAGCUGGGGGGUGAAUCAGACAGUCACAUAGACAGCUGCAGGAAGGAGUGACAGGAGAGAGUGUAUGAGACUAGCUGGGUGGUGUAUCAGACAGUCACAUAGACUGCUGCAGGAAGGAGUGACAGGAGAGAGUGCAUGAGACUAGCUGGGUGGUGUAUCAGACAGUCACAUAGACAGCUGCAGGAAGGAGUGACAGGAGAGAGUGCAUGAUACUAGCUGGGGUGGUAUCUCAGACAGUCACAUAGACUGCUGCAGGAAGGAGUGACAGGAGAGAGUGCAUGAGACUAGCUGGGGGGUGUAUCAGACAGUCACAUAGACUGCUGCAGGAAGGAGUGACAGGAGAGAGUGCAUGAGACUAGCUGGGGGGUGUCUCAGACAGUCACAUAGACAGCUGCAGUCUCUCCUGUGUACCUGUAGGGGGCAGUCUGAUACCCUCCCCCCGGGUGGCACAGGAUGGGUCUGGGGCGGCAUAAGCUGGUGCUCCUAGUCCUGGUCUUGUCCAUAUCAGUCUUGCUCUACCUCCUUCUCCCCUCCGGACAGCCAGAUCUGGAGGAGGCCAGGGCUGAGGUCCUCCGCUCAGACCCCCAGGACACCAUGAACAUCACAGUGCGGACUGCCACCCUAGCCGGAGACUGGCCCACCUUCUACAGGGAGGUGUUACCCCGAAACAGCCUGGAGGAUGCCACUGCGGAGAGGUUCCCUGUGCUGUUAUUACAUGGCCGCUCGUUCACCUCCAAAACAUGGGAGGACCUGGGGACGCUGCACAUCCUGUCAGAACAUGGAUACCGGGCUGUGGCCAUUGACCUGCCAGGAUACGGGGAGUCGCUGCGCGCUCAGCCUAUGUCCUCAGAGAAAGGACGCACGGAUUACCUCCUCCAUAUCAUGGAGUCACUGGGGAUUCGUCAGCCGGUCCUCAUCAGUCCCUCCAUGAGCGGCCUCUUCUCCCUGCCGCUCCUCCUGCAGCACCCCGACCGCCUGAGGGGAUUCAUCCCUAUUGCUCCGGUGGGGACCAAGGGCUUCAAACCGCAGCUCUACCAGCAGAUACAGGUCCCCACCCUCAUCGUAUAUGGGACAGAGGACAUAAACCUGGGCCGCCAGUCGCUAGAGAGCCUGAAGCUGCUGCUGAACCGCACACUAAGCCCGCUGCAUGGAGCCGGACACGCCUGUUACAUGGACCGACCGGAAGAGUUUCACACCGCUCUACUAAUGUUCCUGAGCAAACUCUAACCCCACUUCAUAUCUGAGGAGCCGAGGUGCCCAGGGAGGGAUUAGAGACUUGGGAAAGACCCAUUUGUCGCUGGUGUUAUGGGGGCUCGUCCAGCGUCUCUCCAGCUGGUGUAUAGGGAUAUUUAUCACGUGGACAAGGCCACACAGUAGUCAUAGACACAGACUGCGAGUCCAUGAACUGUCAGGGUUCUGUGUGUGCAUGCGUGUUCUACACCAUGAGCUCCAGAUGUGGGACAUGCAUUAAACGUGAGGAGGGAAGGUGGUGGAGCAUGGGAUAAGGUGUAUAGGUGAGGUAAGUGUUUCAGCGUGUGCAUCCAGUUCGGAUCAAGUAGUGAAUGCUGGAGGUGUUUUAUCAAUCUGUUAAAUCAUUUAUGAAAUAGUAGGAAGACAGGAGAAGAGUCAUGGUGGAUGAGACCUAUCAGGAGGUGCUUUACGUAUGUCAACAAAAAUGCUGCAAACUCUAUUCAUAGCAUCUCACUAAACUCAAACCGAAUUUCCUCCAGGCAACAUGGAUUGUGUUUCUUCAUCAUUUUGGAAGGGGGAUCUCUAACCGGUCAUGUUUUCAGGGUUUCUAUCUAAAAGGCUUGGUGGACUAUGGCCUGAUCUAAACUGGUCCCACUACUCAAGGGCUGGAGUUGAGGCCCCUAUCUGCUGCCCUCCAGUGGCGGCUCUUGCUGACUUGGGGGUGGUCAUGAUGUCCUCUCAUUACGAGUGGCUCAGCUCUGUGUAAGCUGGAAGCACAUUGUACCUUAUGUUAAUGGUAAGGGUUUGCGUUGGUUUUGUCACUGUUACAGGUAACGUUUCCUGCCUCAUGCACUACUAAUAAAAGGGCAACUUAUUUAUUGGUAAAAAAAAAAAUGUAUUUUUUUGUAGGUAAAGUUAUUUCAUAUCUCCCGCCCCCCACUUAAACCAACCCCAAAUUAUGGGAAACUGAUGCUUAAGCCCCUGCAUGAGGUUGGUACACACUGCCGCUAAACGUCACAAGGGCGCUGUGCUUUAGCUUUUGUGCAUCCACUGUUUAGAGACUUUUUGACUGCAGAGCUCAUUUGACUUAUGGAGGUGUCUCAGACAUCAUUAUGCAGCAUUGGAGCUGCGCAUCCCACUUCUAACACCAUUUAGUGUAACCUUCUCUACAGCUGUUAUCACUGCAUAGGUCUCUAACACCAGCUGACGCACCAGGCUGUCAAACCAGACACAUCUCUGGGGCAAAUAUUCACUUUAUUAUCAACGAUUCGUUAAAGAUGGAUUUAUGUCUUAAAUGUCUUAAACCCUAUAGCGUACACACCCCUUUUCUUGGCUGCCAUGUACUAUUAGUUAUUACUUAUCCAUUCAACUAGAACUUGUCAGGGUAACUAGCAACAAGGAAACAAUAGUACAAUAGUGUGGACGCAGCUGAUGUCACGGAUGCAAUUAGUCAGUAAAUUUAAGCAGCCUCAAGGCUGCAGGUGAAGCUUUGGUAAGUCGCAUGUGGCCGUUCAUUGCGCCAGAGGGAUACGCGAACAGGCUGUACAGAGAGAUAGUUAUAGAAACAUAGCAGAUAUAGACAGGCCAGAGUGUAUUCAUUAUCAUAACUGUUAAGCUGUGCAGAGACCGUCCUCCAUGUGCGCCAUGAACUAGUAACUGGCGAUAACAAGGACACUAAAGAUAACAAAUGUAUCAAGCCAUAGAGAAUAUACUUGUUUAUAUAUUGUACAAAUGUAUAUAUGAUAAUUAAACAUAUAAACUGAAAAUCCCCGGACAGGCGGAAGCUGGGAUGGUAGAAAUCUGUUUAUAAAUUAAUUUGUAGAAGAAUUCUUUGUUUUUGGCUUCUGUCAAUACUCAGACUAUUGCUGUUACCAGAGUAUCACAGGGGAAACGCAAAUAUGUUUCAUACAAGAAAGGCGACUUUAGUUCCCUGCUGUAUCGCCUAAUAAAUAAUCAUGUUCAAA